CUCAAUAUUUUUUUGCGUAUAAUAAUAUUGAAUCAGAUUCUAAAAUUCUUGUUAAUAUAUGGAAUCAACGACUUUUAAAUCUGUGUCCAAGAUAAAGAAAAAAGAAUCAAUGUGUUUCACGCUAUAUAGUAUAUAGUAGCAGUACUUGGUUUGAUAUAAAAUACUAAAUAAGUAAUAAUAACAGGCCUAUUACGAACCAAUCGUUCUCACUAUUAAUUGUCUCUUUCAGUUCUCACUCUCAAACAGCAGACACUCAACUCAAUCUAUAUAGUAUCUACGUAUCCACAUGGCCGAUUCUAUUACUCUUCUUCUCUCCCAGCCCAACUCAGACGAUUCAUCCCAAUCUCCCCACCUAGAAGGGCACCUUCCAUCACUGGAUUCAACCAUUGAAAGCUGCAUUGGAAACUUUAGCUGGGCCCAGUUUCUCCAAGCCAUCCUUGUCUCCUUUGCAUGGUUCUUCGACUCUCAACAGUCAUUUAUUUCGGUCUUCGCAGACGCUGAGCCCUUGUGGCACUGCAAUAGCAGUACUCGACUCAGGAACAACACUUCAUCAUACAAUCGGAUCUCUGAUCUUUGCCACCUUCCGACGGAUUCAUGUUCUUGGGAUUUGCCUCGACACACCAGCACCAUAUCCGAAUGGGAUUUACAAUGUGCUGGAACGAUCAUAACGGGCCUGCCCGCCUCGGCCUUCUUCAUGGGCUGUCUUAUAGGCGGAUUCGUCCUCGCCACGCUCGCGGACUCGUCGCUUGGCCGAAAGAAAAUGCUUUCCUUUAGUUGCCUUGCCAUGGCCAUGUCCACGCUCCUCACUGCUUUCGCCAACAACUUGUGGACUUACUCGGCAUUGCGGUUUAUCUGUGGAUUCAGCCGCUCCACGAUCAACACGAGCGCUCUUGUCCUGUCAACCGAGCUGGCCAGCAAGCGGUGGAGGGGCCAGGUGGGUGUGAUAGGUUUCUUCUGCUUCACGUUAGGAUUUCUUUCUUUACCCGCCAUUGCUUACGUAAAUAUUGGUUAUACAUGGAGAAAUCUCUACCUGUUAACAUCUAUUCCAACAAUCUUAUACUCCUUAGUUGUUCACUUCUAUGUUCUUGAGUCUCCCAGAUGGUUAUUCAUCAAAGGCCGAAAAGAAGAAGCCGUUGAAAUCCUGAAAACAAUGGCUGAAACAAACAACGAAAGCUUGACGGUAAGCUUUUCGUACUUGUCUUUUAAGGAAGAAACAUCGAAUGUAGAUUUUUACUCGGCAAUCAAGAUCUUGAUAGAGAAGAAAUGGUCUUUUCGGCGAUUAUUGGCAGUUAUGGCAAUAGGAUUCGGCGUGGGAUUGGAUUAUUACGGUAUGCCUUUAGCUCUUGGAAACUUGCCAUUUAAUCUCUACUUAAGUGUCACUUUGAAUGCCUUAUCGGAGCUUCCAGCUUCACUUAUAGCUUUCUUUUUCAUCGGAAAUCUAAACCGCCGAACCCCGAUUAUGGUCUUCUGUAUCCUUAGUGGGAUUUGUAGUAUAAUGUCAGUACUGAAAGAAGUAAAGACCUAUACGACCUUACAAAUUGGACUGGAGUUGGUGUCGUUUUUCAGUGCGUGCUCUGCAUUCAAUAUUUUGCUGAUUUACACAACUGAGUUGUUCCCCACUUGUGUCCGCAUCUCGGCGGUUUCGAUGGUUAGACAGGCGAUCGUGCUCGGUGGAGUGUUCAGUCCGGUGCUCACCGCCGCCGGUAGGGGAGAUGGAUUUGUGUCGUAUGGAGUGUUUGGGAUAAUGAUAAUGUGUUUUGGAUUGUUUGUCGUUUAUCUUCCGGAGACGAAAGGGAGAGCAAUUUGUGAUACAAUGGAAGAAGAAGAGUACAAAUCCAAAACUGCCUUAACUUGUGGAUUUACUAGUUACCGCAAUGACGUGUAAGGUUAUAAGCAUUUGAUGUGUGAUCAGUGAGUAAUGAGUAAUGAUGGAAAUAAAUCAUGUGGACUAUUAUAAAUACAUCGCUUCAUUGUGAAACACCAUAUAUGUUUGGCCUUGUAAUAGUAUUAGGGAAAUUUGAUUUUUAAUACAAUAAGUCACACUCCGUUUGAAAAAUAUCAUAUCCCUAUAAGUCUCUCGUUUUGGUCCUACUAAUGUCGUUACUACCCAAAAUACCCCUGGCAUAAUUUUCUCAAACUCUCCGUAUUCUCUCCCAAAAUACACAAACCAAGCAAACUUUGAAAUCGAUAGGCCUCGAUUGAAUCCGUAGAACCCAACCUUCAUUGUCUUCCACAAACACGAACAAGGGCUCCCAAAGGUCGGACUUGACGAUCGGAGAAGGGGAAGGAGAAAACGUCGAGCAAGGCAACCAAAUUUUUAGGAAACAACCUCAAAGAAAGCGAAGGUGAGGGAUUUCAUUUUUAAUCUGCAAUAUGUGUAUGUUCCUGGUUUUUUUUGUUGAUUUUGUUCAUAGGAUAGAUCGGGGCUGGCAAUGAAGAAUCUGGGUUUUUUUUCGAUAUUUUCAUGAAACUCGAUAGAAAUCGAUAGGACUCGAUAGUAUAGGAUGAGGAAUGGAUUAGACUGUGCUCGAUAGGAAUCGAUAGGACUCGAUGAUACAAGGCUUUGGGAAUUUUUAGAACCUACAUCGAUAGGAAUCGAUAGGACUCGAUGACACACGACUUUGGGAAUUUUUAGAACCUACCUCGAUAGGAAUCGAUAAGACUCGAUGAUACACGACUUUGGGAAUUUUUAGAACCUACCUCGAUAGGAAUCGAUAGGACUCGAUGAUACAAGGCUUUGUGAAUUUUAGAACAUAACUCGAUAUGAAUCGAUAGGACUCGAUAAGACUCGAUGAUACACGGCUUUGGGAUUUUUAGGACCCACCUCGAUAGGAAUCGAUAGGACUCGAUAUGACUAGACUUUGGUUUUUUUGCCUUACCUCGAUAGGCCUCGAUAGUACCCGAUUAUAUUAUUCUUUGUGAUUUUGGAACCCACCUCGAUAGGCAUCGAUAGGACUCGAUAGAACUCGAUUGUUUCUGCCUCGAUAGUAACUGCCAUACCAGAUUGUUUUACAUUUUUAACAUUUUUUUUAACAUUUUUAACAUUUUUUUUGUUUUUUUUUCCAUAUGCCUGAACUUAUUGUUCCGUUGGAGAAACACUUUCCUGGCCAUGUCACUUAUAGGGGUAGUGCCUACUUGGAUACCCUUAUAGAGCAGUUUAAGAGGCAUGGUCUUAUUGAAAGGGCACAGGCAUGCCCGUUGGGACAGUUCUUUAAGGCAAAACCAUUUAGUUUUUUUGGGGUUCUGCUGCAUCAGCUAAUGUUGCGUAAGGUAGAAAGUAAGAAGCCUGAAGAGGGUCAGUUCUUCCUGGGCAAAACUCUGUGUAGAUUUGGUAUUGCAGAGUUUGCCCUAGUUACCGGGCUAAAUUUUGGGAAAUCACCAUCCCCAGAUGAAUUGAAAGAGCAUCUUUCAAGUGAUCGGAUCAUCCAGGAAUAUUUUAAUGGUGAUUCGAAGGUUAGUUUUGGUCAGUUGGAAGCUGCAUUGAAGGCCUCCACAAACCCAGAAGAUGCAUUUAAGCUGGGUUUGUGCUAUUUGAUAGAGGGGAACUGAAUGCCCCAGAGAACACAACAACGAUAUGGGGAGAUUCCCUGAGGAUGGUUGAGGAUAUUGAUUACUUUUUCAAGUAUCCUUGGGGGAAGUUGUCAUUUAAGAAGGUUAGCAAAGGCCUUCAAAAGGACAUGAAGAAGCAAUUGAAACACUAUGAGGAGAAGAAGAAAGAGAGGCCAAGCAAAAAACAGAAGGAGGCGAAGUAUAGUUUCACUUGCUAUGCACCCGUGCUUCUUUACUGGGCUUUUGAGGCUAUGCCUUCUCUCAGGAGUAAGUUCGGUGAGAACAGUGGGAAUCAGAUUCCCAGGAUGCUCAGUUGGGCUACGAAGACUGAUAUCACUAUUUCGACAGCUCUGUUGGCUCCUAUAUUCGCCAAUCGUCGAUUAGUGGUAUUUUCCAUGCUGAAGCCACGUCCCAGUGAGGUAGUCUACUACAAUAGCCUCCCAGAAGUUGAUUCCAAGUUAUUCCUUGAGUUGGAGGCUGGGACUGCAAUGGAUGAAGUAGUGGUACCUGAGAAGGAGGCAGAGAAGGUAGCAGAAGUUGCAAAGGAAGCCUCCAUUUUUUAUGAGGAUGUCCCGAGGGCUGAUGAGCGCACUUCACAGGCCUGUGCAGCUUCAUCUAGUCAGGUUGCCCAGCCUGAUUAUGAGCAACUUCUGCAGAGGCUAAAGAGGGUUGAGGAGGGCCAGACAACCUUACUACAGAAUCAAACCACGAUCAUGGCUCAGUUGGUGCAGGUGCUUUCACUGGUCUCAGGUCGAUCCACCAACGUAAAAUCAGAUAUAGAGUCUGAUAUCUUGCCUGCAGACUACGAGCGCAGUGAUCAACCCUCCACUCCACAGGCCCAAACAUCUAUAGCUCCCAAUGAUGCUGACAGUCCCAGUGUACGAGUACUGCAGCCCGAGGAGGCAGCUGGCCUUGAAGUUGUCAGGAAGAAACGCAGGCCCAAGCGUUUUGAUGACUUCACCGACCCAACAAAGAAGGUCAGACUAGAUAAACAGGGGCUAGUUGCUGAACCACUGAGGAAGUGUGACCCACAACAGGAGAAGAGCUUCCAUAGGUGGAUCGUCGGGAAGAUCGACAAUAAGAGAGACCGCAACGUGUAUACUGGGACGCACGGUGUGGCAUGGUUCUUAUAGUUGCACACAGUCCAGACUUGGCUUUGGGAUUCGCAUAUUGAUGCCGCUUUGCACAUGCUACGCUGCCGACGCCACUUUUACCAUGCUGCAUUUCGGCAGGAUGCUGCGAUCAUGAACACCACCUUCCCCUAGGUGUGCCUAGGUCGUUGGAAUCAUUUCAGAGAGACCGGCACUAAGUAUACAUGGGACGACGAUGUGCUGAGAAUGUUGAAGGGCGAUGAUAAUCAAUUCCUUGUAUCAUGGCAAAAUGUGAGUGAAGUAUAUUUUGCCUUGCACGUCGAGAAAGCCGCACAUUGGAUCGCCAUUGAAUGUGCUGAGAAUGUUGAAGGGCGAUGAUAAUCAAUUCCUUGUAUCAUGGCAAAAUGUGAGUGAAGUAUAUUUUGCCUUGCACGUCGAGAAAGCCGCACAUUGGAUCGCCAUUGAAGUCUCCAUUCCAACGUGGUGCAUCAACGUUUAUGAUUCCAACCAUAGCGUGCUCAGUCCCGCUCUGAUGGAGGAAGCGAUCAAGCCUUGGUACUUAUUGUUGCCUUCGUUGUUAUGGUGUUCUGGAAUGUUUGACGACCACGAGGACCUCCAGGUAUAUCCUGAGCAGAAUGCAAAGCCUUUCUCAUAUUGUCGUAUUCCUCCAGAGGAGUGUCCUCAGACUAAGACAAGUGGGGAUUGUGGUAUGUUUGCCAUCAAACAUAUUGAGCAUCUGGUUGCCAGGCUAUCACUCGAUAUUGUUAUCAAUGAGAACAUCCAGCAUUUCAGGACCAAGUGGUGUGUGGACCUGUUCUAUCAGAAUUUGGCCCCGUGAUGCUCUUUACAUUUUUGUCUUUCAUAUCUUGUAUAGUAUACCAUAUAGUUAGUUUUGUAAAUUAUUUUUUUGCAAACAAUAUUUUUUGAAAAAGUUAUUAAAUAAAAAAAUAUUAAAUUCACACAAUGUAUCUGCCUCGACAUCCAAACACACAAAGUAUUAGACGAAGUAUUCCAUAUGAUAAAUGCAGCAAAAUCAAUUAAAUAAUUACAUAACACAAUAUUUUAAAUCCUAGCCUUACAUGACUUCCUAUUGUGUCCACUACCACCACAUCUGCU